AUGCCUCCGAUUAUGGUGCUCGACGCGGGCACCAUUCCAUCGGGUUAUCUCAUUGGCAACCGCGUCGACAUGGGCAACUACAGGGAGUGCAUGUCCGAGGGCGGAUUGCUCACCUCAUCGCAGGACAUCCAGGGGAAGUACUGCUUCAUGGAGCUGCCGGUCGCCAAGUGGUUGGGCUUCAAUUCGGACCUGCUGAAGGAGAUCAGCAUAAGAACCGCUGUGUGCCUGCCCUCCUCCUGCUCGGCGAGCAACAUGGAGCUGUACCUCAAGCAACUGCUCAAGCGGCUGCUUGGCGUCAGUGAUGUGACCAACUUGUUUUCCAUCAGCGAGUCAUCGCGCCGAACCAAGGAUAGAGCACCCUGGGAUGGGCUCACCAUAUUCACAGUCGUUCUACUGUCCGUAUUCGGCGCCACGGUGAUCCUGUGCACCCUCUCCGACUACUUCUUGUGCCCGGAGCAGGAAAAGCUGCCCCGUCCCAUCAGGGCCUUCUCAGCCCGUGCCACUUCGCGCUCGCUGUUCACCAUCGUGGAGAACUCGGCGAAUCCGAAUGUGAUCCACUGCCUCAAUGGCAUGCGGUGCAUGUCCCUGAUCUGGGUGAUCUUCAGCCAUGAGUACAUUGGCAACAUGAAGGCUCCCGCCAUGAAUCCAGUGGACAACCUGAUAUGGGCGUCGCAGCUCUUCUCGAGCUUCAUACUCUACGGCACCUUGUCGGUGGACACGUUCUUCUUCAUCGCCGGCUUGCUGCUGGUUUCAAUUGGCCUGCGAAGCAUGGAAAAGAACAAGGGAAAGCUGAAUGUGCCGCUGAUGUAUCUGCACCGAUAUCUGCGCCUUACCCCGGUCGUAGCCCUUGCCAUACUGUUUUUCUACAAGAUGAUACCCCUCUUCGCCGACGGACCAAUGUAUGAUGAUAUCGGCUUCUUCGAAUACUCCGCGUGCAAGAAGACCUGGUAUUGGACCCUUCUCUACGUGCAGAACUACGCAACUUCCGAUGUGGUGAGUUGAAAUUGUAUCUAUCUAACUAUUGAUUGAAUGUUGCUCCUCGUGCGUGCCGCCAGGAUCACUUUGUUGCUCUCGGCCUGCCUGUUUUCCACCAUAAUGGUGAAUGACUUCCCUGUGAUGUUCAAGACUGGAAUUCAGGCUCAGGUGGUUCAGGAGAAGAUCUACUCCGCCACGCACACUCAUGCGGCGCCCUGGUUGGUCGGCACUAUGUUCGGCUACCUCCUGCACCUGAUCCGCGGCCGGAGAUUCAAGCUCAGCCCCCUGGCUGUCUGGGCAGGCUGGCUGCUCAGCCUGGCCCUGCUCUUCACCUCGAUCUUCGCCUUGUAUCCGUACUCGAAGCUGCUGGGCAAAUCGCCCACGAUAUUGGAAGGAGCUCUCUACUACACACUGGUCCGGAUCGCCUGGCCCCUCGGUCUCUGCUGGGUGGUCUUUGCGUGCAUGCAGGGCUAUGGAGGUCUGGCCAACAGCUUCCUCUCCUCACCACUUUGGCAGCCGCUGUCCAAGCUCUCCUACGGUGCCUACAUUCAGACCAAUACGUACUUCUCCAACUAUCAAAUGAUGCUCAACUUCUGGUCCACCUUUGGCUUCACCCUGCUGGUGACCUACGUGCUCUACGUUUUAAUUGAGGCGCCUCUGGAGGCCUUGGAAGGAAUGAUGUUUCCCAAUCGCAGAAGCCCGCCAACAGCAAAGGAUCAGCCGCAAAUCGAAUCCCGAACGGAUGUCGUGGACCAGAUAGACGGGAUGGACCAGGUGGAGCACGGUCCGACCUGUCCGACCCAGUCCGACCUGGAAACGAGUGCCAACAAAACGGAGACUGACCUCGAGUUAUCAAAUUAGACUUAGUUAGAAU